GGGCACACUUCCACGAUGGUAUUUUUAGGUGCAACUCUGCUUCGUAACAUUCACAAGUCGUCGGCACUUCGCUUAGCUGGGUCCGCCAUUUUACCUCAAAAAUCUAUAACCCCAGCUCGAAUUGCCAGUAACAGAGGUCAGUUGCAAUUUGGAAUUCAGUUUGUUCGCGAAUAUUCGAAGCAGUCCAAAAUGAGUACUUUACCGCGAGUAUUCUUCGAUAUGACCGCCGAUGGCGAGCCCGUCGGUAGGAUAGUAAUGGAGCUGCGCUCUGACGUCGUGCCGAAGACAGCGGAGAAUUUCCGUGCUCUGUGCACCGGCGAGAAGGGCUUCGGCUACAAGGGCUCCAGUUUCCAUCGCGUCAUUCCAAACUUCAUGUGCCAGGGCGGCGAUUUCACCAACCACAAUGGCACUGGCGGCAAGUCCAUCUAUGGCAACAAGUUCCCCGAUGAGAACUUCCGCCUGAAGCACACCGGCCCCGGCAUCCUGUCGAUGGCGAACGCUGGCGCCAACACCAACGGCUCCCAGUUCUUCAUUUGCACCGUGAAGACCGCUUGGCUGGACAACAAGCAUGUCGUCUUCGGCGAGGUCGUCGAGGGCCUUGACGUCGUCAAGAAGAUCGAGUCUUACGGCUCGCAGUCCGGCAAGACCUCAAAGAAAAUUGUGGUCGAGGACUGUGGUGCACUUUAAGCUGGAAAUUCUGCUAAGACGAAAACCCGUUCGCAUUUUCUCCAAUUUUUUUUUUACCAAUUACUGUAAUAAUAUGAAAUACACACCAUAUUUUCAAUAGACAUUUUAUGUUAUCAAUCAAUAUACAUAUGUAUGAAUAUAUAU